AUGGUCCUAAGCACUGAGUGGUCUCAGGUGGAGAUAAUCGAUCUCGUCAACGAUGGCAACGGGCUCGGAUUUAUGCUCGUUGGGGGCCGCAGCACGGGUGUGGUCAUAAAAGCGUUGAUUCCCGGAUCGGUGGCCGAGCGCGAUGGUCGACUGCAGAGCGGUGACCAUGUGCUCCAAAUUGGCGACGUUAACCUGCGCGGUUUUAGUUCGGAGCAGGUGGCAACGGUGUUACGACAAUCUGGCCAACAGGUACGGUUGAUAGUGGCCCGGCCGGUGGAACCUACCUCUCCAGAUUAUCAAGCCUUAGCCAGCCAUGCACCGAUCAUUCCUACCAAAAUGCUUACCGAUCCAGAGGAACUCGACCGGACCCUGCUGCAGACGGCCGGCUAUACAUCCGGAGCAUUCCUGCAGUCGCCCGUUGAGGAAGCCGAAGAGCUUUGUCCGACCCACAUCGAGGUGGUCGCCGUGAACAAUACAAUAAAUAUCGAUAAUAAUAGCCUAGCUUUAAUUUCUCCUUCGUCGAUUUCGAUUCCACAAGUGCUUAGUCAACCAUUGUUGGAAGCGGUUCUUCCAUCACCAGAUCCGCUGGAUUAUAUGGAUCUUCCGGAGACGCCCGAGACGGAAACCUACGAGGUGGAGUUGAGAAAAAAUGUUUACGGCUUGGGAAUAACCGUGGCCGGCUACGUAUGUGAAGAGGAAGAUCUUUCGGGAAUCUUUGUGAAGAGUAUAAUCGAGGGAAGUGCUGCGGAGAUGAGUGGAAUGAUUCAGAUUAACGAUCGUAUCGUGGCUGUGGAUGGAAAAUCGCUCAGUCGAGUUACAAACCAUCAGGCGGUGGAAAUUUUGCGAAAUACGGAUAUUGCGGUGAAAUUGACCCUGGAGAGAUUCCUACGGGGCAGAAAGUACGAACACCUGCAGGUGGCUCUGAUCGAUACAAGUUCGGCAAGUGCUGCCGCCACCAGUAAUCCACAGCUAUCGCAUUGUAAUCAGAGGUGUUCCAUGAUACAGUCCCCAUCGGUGACGACGCUAUCGAUAUGUGCGGCUAAAUCGGACGCCGAUUCCAUGGUAACCGAGUGCGGUGAGUGCGGAAUCGAUCCGGAAAUGGAAUCGGCGACUACGUUCGAUUCGAAUGUGUUUCUGCUGGAAAAUGGUGACUGUAGCGAAAACGGUCUGUAUGAAAACGGUGCUGUGCUGUCUGCGAUGGCGGCAUCGGCUGCUACGACGCCACUCAGAGAAGAUCUGGAGCUAGUGUUUGACUCCCGCGGGGAAGAAGUUCGAAGUGCUUCUCAGCUAGUUACGCCGAUAGUGGAAAUCGAUCCGGUGAUUGAAUUGUGGCAACGACAGAUGGGAAACAGUCUGGUUAUAUUUGCUGAUAUUCAGAAGUUAUCGGGAUUGGGAAUCAGUUUGGAAGGCACGGUGGAAGUGGAAGGGGGAGUGGAGGUUCGCCCUCAUCAUUAUAUACGGUCGAUCUUGGAAGAUGGUCCCGUAGGGCGGAACGGGACAUUGAAGCCUGGUGAUGAAUUGCUGCAAGUGAACGAACAUCGUCUGCAGGGUUUAAAACAUAUCGAAGUGGUUAAGAUUCUUAAAGAACUACCCUCAAAAGUGCGAGUGAUCUGUGCACGCGGAUCAUCAGCUCCUACUGUGAUCAAUACAUCUCAAAAUGCGGAAGCAUUUGAAGCACGUAGUCUGCUCGCCGGUGGAUUGCAAAGUUUACAAAGUUUGCAAGGUAUUCUUACGAAAGCUCAGUCGGAAAGUUCGCUGUAUACCUCGAGUACGGCGACCUUGACGGAUCAACAACGGUCCAAGUCCGUCGAACAAGUGUCUGGCCUAGCACUGUGGACCAACGAGAUAAUUUAUUGCAACAUCGAAAAAACGGAACGUGGCUUCGGUUUCUCAAUCUUGGACUAUCAAGAUCCGCUGGACACCGAAGGAACAGUCAUCGUGGUCCGUGGGCUGAUACCAGGCGGAUCAGCUGAAGCAACCAGUUUUAUCUUCCCCGGUGACCGGCUCGUUUCGGUCAACGAGCAUAGUCUUCAAGGUGCCACGCUGGACCAAGCGGUGAGUAUAUUGAAAGGAAUACCUUUGGGAACGGCACGUAUCGGUCUUUGCCGGCCACUGUCCACGUCGGAUAACAAUCUAUCGUCCACACCGGAAACUCCCACCACCUAACUACGAAUAAUUGAUCUGUUUUUCGAGCUUGACAUCUAAUCAUCGGUAGCAAGACUCGGUACAUUGACUAAAAGCAGAUCAGUUCAGUUCAUUAACCAGUUAGUUUUACCAUGCAAUCAGUUGGCGA